UGGGAGGAGGAGGUCUCAGAGGCGUCCAGGGACACAUUAUACUUUUUUUUCCCACUGUGUCGCUCUAUUUCGUCUUAACUUCGAUGCUAUGGCUAAUUCCCAAGAUGCUUAUUACCUCUCCUUACUAGCACUGGCUGAGAGGUUCCGUACCCAAGAGCCUGCUAAUAUUAAGAGCUGUGUUCAGUGUCUCCAAGCAGUCCUGACCUUCCGUCCCCCCCCUAAGGUAGAGGCCCGUACCCACCUCCAGCUGGCCAACCUCCUCAUACAGUACACUAAUAACUCCCAGCUGGCUCGUGACCACCUGGAACAAGCAUGGAACCUUUCAAUGAACAUUGCCGGGUUUGAUGACGUACGAUUUGAGGCAGCAAGUGAAUUGGCAAAAUUAUACGAACAAGCCGGAGGUGCUAGUAAUACCAAAUCUCUUCUGCGUCGAGCAAUUGAGCUCUCUCGCCAGAGUGUGUAUUGGCAUUGUCGUCUGAUCUUCCAAUUAGCUCAGUUAGGGUUAGCAGAACUUGACUAUGCAACUGCAGGUGGUCUUCUGCAAAUGGGUCUUGAGUACUGUCAUAUCCAGGGCGUUGCUUACACUCAGCUGCUCUUCCUGCUAAGCAAAAUCAUGGUGAUGCUAUUGGAGGGUCGGGGAGCAGCAGAGGUUCAGACUCUACUCGCUCAAGCUAACCAGAGUGUUGAGCAGUACAAUGGAGCCCAGGGUCAGAAGGAGCACCUCAGGGUUUUCUACUUGGUGCUGCUGGUAUGUCACAACCUCAACAGUGGACAGGUGAAGAGUGUCAAGCCAGCCCUCAAACAGCUGCAACAGUCCAUACAAAACAUCACACAGCUCUCAGAACAGGAGAUCAUUCCCAGCAGUGGAAGUGAAAUGUUUGCCUGGCUGCCACGAGAGCAGCUGUGUGUGUUGGUCUACCUCGUCUCUGUGAUGCAUUCCAUGCAGGCGGGCUACAUGGAGAAGGCACAGAAGUACACAGAUAAAGCUCUGCUGCAGAUUGAUAAACUUAAAGCUGAAGAGAAUGUAUCUAUCCUGAGCUCACUACAGCUGCUGCUUCUGGAACACAGUGUCAUGUGUCACCUCAUUAUUGGCUCUAAAGCUCAAGCCAUCAAGGAGAUUGCUAAGGUGUGCCAGCUCCUUCAACAGGAUUCCAAGCAACUUCAGGCGCACCGUGCACAACUUCACACACUGUUAGCUGUUUAUGCCAUGAGUAUGAAUGACUCCAAUGCAGCAGAGAUUCAGUUUAAUGCAGCUCUCAGGACCUCAAAGAACAGAGAUCUAUGGAUCUUUGCAAAUCUCAACCUGGCCGUGGUGUACCUGAGAUGUCAGCGGGAACGGGACUUUGCAGCUAUUAUGGACAGAAUAAAUCCUGACACACUCCCAACACAAUCUCAAAGUUUGCGUGCAGCGUCAUUUUAUGUUCAAGGCCUCCACGCGUUUUUCACUAGUCGUCAUAAUGAUGGCAAACGAUUCUUGCGCGAGUCCCUGAAAAUGGCAAAUGCUGAGGACCUGAACCGCCUCACAUCCUGCUCACUGGUACUCCUUGGACACAUCUUCCUGGCCUUGGGAAAUCCACGGGAAGCUCACAAUAUGGUCACACCCGCUAUGCAAUUGGCUUCCAAGAUUCCAGAUCUACAUUUGCAGCUUUGGUCGUCUGCUAUACUAAAAGAUUUGUAUCGUCAGUUUGGAGACGUCCCCAGGGAGCAAGAUAGCAACCAGAACCACUACAAUUUCUCUCAGACACUCCUCACUGACUAUAUGACUGCAUCACAGCUCCCUGAACACCAACUAAUCAAGUGGACAGAGGGACCCUUUCCUCUGCCUGUCACCGAGAAAAUGUAAACAGAUAAAAGCACUGUAGAGGACGCAGUUGUAGAGGUUCUGUCAGCUAUGUAGGAUGUGAGCAAGAGCCUAUGUUGACAGCUGUCCAGGAAACAUCAAGAUGAUAAGAUGUACGGUACACUAGAAGAGAUAUUUGGGGAAGUAGCGGCACCUGUGUUACCUUAUAUGGAAACAUGAAGGUAUUAGAGAAGUUUACAGAUUUUUUUAUAAGUAUAAUUCUUUUUUUUUUACAUGGUUGGUUCAGGAUAUCAGACAUGACCUGUGCUAUUGUCACUCACACUGAUGGAUGCCAGGCACCCUUAUAGCCAUCUAGCUCUUGCGUGUGUGAUGGAGGAAUUAUGACAUUCUGAGUUAACCGCACCGAUACAUGCUUCAAGAGACCACAUUUAGAGCGGAAUGCAUUGAAGAUUUUUCACACACACACACAUACAUACAUACAUACAUACAUAUCAGGCCUUUGGGGAAAAAAUUUGCAACACACACACAAACAGUUCAUAAUCCUGUCCUCCUGCUACACACUAGUGAGACAGCUAUACAGGCACCAUCACAUAUUGGCAAUAACAGUUUCCUUGGCCACAUCUUCAUCCUGCCCCCAACAGUGCAAUUAACUAACAAGAACUCACAUCUCACUUUCCCUGUUCCAGAUGAAUAGUUACCGAAUAUAACGAUCACAUUACAGGCGGUGAGAAUUAAUGUUUAAUAAGGCUGACGUAAAGGUUCGUGAAAAUUCUCGUUAGCCGCAAGAUUGAGAAGAUAUCACAUCGUAAAUCCUACAGUAGUUAUCAGGUUGCAAGCAUAAUAUAUUUAGUAAGAUGAACUUGAGAAUAACUGUUAAGAGUGUGACCAACAAGUAACUAUUUGAUGGUUUAGGGAUUAUUAUAUAUCAUCAGAUUAUUGUAAAUGUACUUGAUAAUAAUUCAUUUAGUUUUACCUCAUUAUCAUCAAUUGGAUUCUCAUAGAAGUGUAAGAGUCACUGAUAUGUUUGUUUAUGUGUGUGUAUAGUGUGCACAGCCACUUGAUGUGUAUUGGCUUAGGAUUAUUUUACGGUCAGCCAAGCGAUAAACUUCACUUAACCAAUCUGCUAUACCCUACUUAAGUGUUCCCUAUCCUACUUAAAACUUCUCCACCCUACUUAAAUCUUCUCCAUAUUACUUAAAACUUCUCCUCCCUACUUAAAACAUUCCUACCUUACUUAAAACUUCCCCACCUUACUUAAAACUUCCCCACCUUACUUACUCUUCAUUACACAGUUCAGUUCACCUUCAUCAAACUCAUCUCAAUGUUAUCCAGCUGUAACCUAACCUAACACAACAUAACCUUAUCUGAUGUAAUUUAACAUAACCUAAUCUAACCAAACUUAACUUAACUAAACCUAAGUUAGAUUAUCUUUAAGCUUUACAGAAUUAAACUACUGUAUGCAAAUGGAAUAGGCUGGUCUCUCUCUUCAGCUUAUGUCACUUGAAGCUUUAGAAAACUUAUCCUGUCUGUUAUUUGAUUUAAUCCAACGCUGUUGCAGAUUUGAGGUUGGUGCCUUUGAUAUACAUACAGACAAUAUAAGUGAUGAUAUAUUUUUUAGAAGACUGUACAUAAUGUGUAAAUAUAUAGUUCAUAAAAGAUUAUUUGUUGCCGUAAGUAUUGUAUUGUAUUCUUAAUGGCCAAUAUAUUAAUUUCUUAUAAUACAGUAACUGUAGAUAAUACAUAGAUUUGUGUAUUGUACUGUAGUCCUCGUGUAUCUCAAGUUUGCAUAUUGCAGUUUCAAUUUAUCGCAUUUUAAUUCUUAUGAACUAAAUAUUGUAUCAUCACAUGUUCUGUUAUUUCCCAGUUUUAUUGCAAGAGAAAUAUUCAUACUAUGCGCGUGAAUCCGUGAGAAGUUUGUAGGUGAGGUGACACAUGGUGUGGGGGUUCUUUAUGGAUGUACUUAAUUAUUUCUUUACAAAUCGUGCAUAAUGAGAUCAAAGAAACCCGUUAGAUAUCCGCUAAGCAAACCUUGUAUCAAGAAAUAGUGAAAAAAGGUCAUUUUUGAGAUGAAAUUAGACAUUGCUUAUUUCUUUGUGUCCUUCUGAACUAAAUAAAAUCGUCUGGCAUUAGCCAAAUAAAAUAUUAAAAGUGGCAUCACCAUAGUGAAGGGGUUAAACAACAUGAACAUGGUGAAGGAACAGCAAUUGAAUGUCGGCGAUGAGUGGAACAUCAUGCAUAUGCCUCUCAGUUAUAUUGUAGGCCAUAUUUCAUAUAUGUUUGUAGUAUGCACUUUAUGUUCUUUUAUCAAUUUAUAAUGGGUUCUGUACGAUAAAGCAACACGAGUACAGAAUUUCCUCUCUAUACCGAAAUAACUGGUGAGCAGCCAGUUCAGUAUUUAGUGGUAAUACUGUAACCCCCCUCCAUAAUACUUUGUUUCUUAUGAUAAAAUUGGUUUCACAUUGUACAGCAAUUUUACAUAUCACGAGGGUUUUCGGGAAUGGAAGUCUUGUGAUAAACGAGGACUACAUGUAUAUAGGGUAGACAUAUUACAGACAAACAGCUUUCCUUGCAUUAUAUAAGUACUGUACAGUAUAGUGUUAAUAUGUAUGGACAUUUUCUACAAGAUGUUUUUUAUUUUUUUAUACUACAGUACCAUACACACUUUUUUAUAAGGUAAGCAAUAAUGUGCUCCUCUCUUAAAGCUUUCCUUUCUAUGCACUUAAAGCAUUUAUAAGCUCCUUCAUAAAUGAAUUUGUUAAAGAAUUAAUUUAAGCAUUACCAAAAAUUCUGGAUUUACUGUAUGUGCAUAAUUUUUUUUUUUUUUUUUUUUAGAAAGCAAAUGUUUGAUACAUUAGAAAUGAUAAAAUAAAGCAAAUUCAUUUAUGAAUAAUAAUACUGUAUGAGGCAUUGAGUAAGGCAGUGAUGAGCCUAUCAUGGUCCCAGACACCUGACCUUGUUCUACAGAAUGGUGUGGGUGACUUGUCAUUGUUCUACUUAAAUUCCAGCUUUGUCCUGGGGUAGAAAUCCACCAACAUUGGGCAUAAGACAGUGAGGAAUGGGUUGGAGUUUUCCUCACGCCAGCAACACUCCCGCACCACUUCACAUAACGAUACACUAAUAAUAAUACACAUCUUUACUUUGUACCAUUUAUAUUUUGUGUUUAUUGCUGCAUAUGUGGUAAUGUUUCCCCUGUUGCAUUAUCCCACCCAUAAUCCACAGUAAAAUACCUACAAAAUGAGACCUGGUUCAUUUAAAAUCCAACAAUGUUAUGUUUUCCUCCAAGUUAGUUCAUCACUGUCUUAGGCAACGUCUCAUAUAUGGUAUUUAUGUACAAAUUUGGCUGCCAUUGCCCUGUUUUUGUGCAGGUAUUGUCCUUUUAAUAUGUACAGUGUAGUAUUAUUAUUGGUUGUAUUCUAAUAUAUGCAAAUUUUGAUCUCAUUUAAAACCAACAUUACUCUGAAAAAAAUAAAUAUUACUGGAGGUUUUUUUAUAUUACAUUAUGAGUUCUGUAUUUUUGGUACUGUAUCAAAAGUAUCAGGUAUUUGGGGUGUCAGGAAUGAGUAAAUGAAAGUCAGUAGAGAUGUAUAAGAGAGUAGAAUUUUGGAUCACUAAAGGUUAAUCCCUUCAGCUUGUUUCACUUUAAGAUUAAUCACCCUAAUACUAACCUAAACUGACCUAAACCAAACUGGCCUAAGCUAACAUGACCUAACCUAACCCCCCCCCCCUCCCACCCCCGAGGUAGCAGCAUUAGGGUGUUUUAAUCAUUAGGUGAAGUAAGCUGGGGAGCUAAUCAUGAUGUGAUCCAGAAUUUUUUUGGGUAUGGGUAUAUUUGUAGAGAGGAGUCAGUCACAAUACUGAUGAUCGGUCUCCUUACUGUGUGUGUCAGUGGGAGACGUGACUUAGGUUGAGAAAAAAAAUUCAGGAAUUUUAUCUGGUAGCUUAUAAGAAUAUGUAUUAUGAAGCUAUCAACAGGGGGGAAACAUGAACUGAAUCUGUCACAAAUAUGAAUGAAAGAGAGGUGAUAGUGUGGGGAAGUUUGUGAUAUAUACUGUAUGUAUGCCAGUAAUGUUGUGAAGAAAGUAGGUGAAUGUGUUGUGUAAUAAGUCAUUGUCUGAAUGCUGUACUGUACACUGUGCAAGUGUUAAAGUGUUAAGUGUUAAAAGUUACGUAUGUCAUCAUAUUUCUUUAUCACAUCAUUAUCAAGACUAAUGGGGUGGAUGAUGGUCUUAAACACAUCAAUUGAGAGAUAUGUAGACCUACUUGUGUUUUUGGGUGAAGAAAUAAGCUGCCCUUUGUUUGGACUACAGCACAAUUAGUUUUGAAUGGGUGUAAAUAAAGUAACUUUGAUAACUGGAGGGAGAUGAAAAGUUAAGAGGUUCUAUUUUUAAUAUGAGAAGAUAUAAAUUUGUUAUAUGGAUGUACAGUUGUGGAUGAAGAGAAUUCAGCAGAGAGGAACAGAGGGUAGGGGUAGGUGGAGACCGUACAGCGUCAUCUAGAGAUGGCUAUUAUGUCUCCAGUUUUCUUUUCCAUGCCACAGAUUUAUUUUUAUUUUGUUAAAUUAUGCUGUAAAAAGUUGAAUGUUUGAGGAGACUAUUCACUGCCUCCCCACUGCAACAAUGCCAAGUGUCCAUCUACCCUCCCAUACACCACUUCCCUCCCUUCCUCCUGCUGAAUUCUUUUUGUCCACAACAGUAUAUGUAUGAUGAAAUUGCUGGAGGUUUAGCUGCAGUUAUCCCUCGCUAACCACAGGCUCACCAACUAGUAACUGGAGUUUUGAGUAUCCACAUUUUUAUAUUUUGUAGCAUACAGAUGAUGCUUAAUGCCUCCAAGUACAUGGUUUAGUUUCAUACUCAUGCAAAUUUUCUAAACAUGAUUAUAUUACAAACAAAAAUGGGCAAAAUUUAAUACAGUCCUGUAGUUGUAUUAUGAAAAAUUGAAUGUUUUAAAUAUUUCCAGCCGCAAUCAACACACUUGCUUAAUAAUGGCAAUGUCACAUGGUCCAUGUGACAAGCAGCAUCUGACAUAAGUUACCCCUAAUGUUAGGUUUAAUAUGACCAAUAUUAAUUUCAAAGGGUAUGUGAAAACAAUAUUAAUAUUUUUUUAAUACAAUAAAUAAAAAAAAAAUAAUCAAGUUGGUCUAUUUAUUUAAUUGUAAAAUAAUUAUUUAUGAACUUUACUGCUGGCAAAUGUCAUAACUCACUAGAACAUAGAACAUAAGAAAAUAAGGAGUCUGCAAUAGGCCGGUUGGCCUGUGCAUGGCAGCUCCUGUUGGGAGUUACAACCACCCUCUAUCGUCCAUGAAUCUAUCUAGCCUAGAAGCUGCUGGGAGGUCAGCAUACCCAUUUAUCUCACUUUUAGGGAACUCAACUAAAUACAGUAGACUGUAUUUAAUGUUCCAUACAUUACAAGACUUUAGAUAUGGCUCAGAGGUCACUCACCUUAACUCCAUAUUUCUCAUUAGACUCGGCCCUCGCCAACCACAGUUUAGCCAACUACGGGAAAUAUUCUAAAAUGUAAUCCCCACGGUUAACAAGGGAUUACUGUAUUUUGUAAUACAUUUGGGAAGAAUGGUAGUUUGGAAAAAGAUUUAGAAAGAAUUGUGUAACCCCUAAUUUUUGCCUGCCUCUGUAAAGUGGAAAGAGGAUUGUUCUGCUGCUCUCUGCUUAUGUCCCCACAACUCCUGUACACUGGUCUGUAUUGGCAGUAACGUCAGCCAUGUGAUCAGGGAUUACUUAGCGUCUGUGUUAAGUGAACCCAGGAAUUUUAACACUACCGUAGAGAGAUCAGCGGAGACCAGUAGGUAGGGUGGAUAUUAUAGCAUACCAGUAUAUAAAUGAAAUGAUUGGAGGAAGCUUGUGUAACAGAUAAGAGUGAGUUUGAGUGGAAGGAUUGAGAGUGCGUACAGUAUAUAAACUGCAGGAUCAAGACUAAGGUGAAUUUGUAUUGACGACUUUAUAUAGAUUACAGUAUACUGUACCUUACAGUUUUAUUGUUCAUAUAAAAUACUGUACAUGUGUUUUGAAACAUUUCACUUCAUUAUGUUUUUGUCCGUAUUGAAUAUCAAAUUAUGCAUUACUAUGUAAAACACAGUUUAGUUUGUUCUUUGCAGCCAAAUUAAUGUGCUAACAUUUAAGGCUAUAUGAAUAAGGAGAUACAGUGCUGUACUUGAAUGAAACAAAUGAUAAUUGCGAACUGCAACAUUUGCUAUGGUGAAUGUACAGUACAGUACUGCAUAUCAAGAUUUUUUGUGUACAGUACUUUACAUGCUGACUUAUCCACACAAGGUUGGUGCAGUACUGUACAUAUAAAAAAAUUUGUUUCCUUUGUACAUCAAACCCAGAACUUCAUUUGAAUAAUAAAUUUAAGUUUAUACGUUAAACUUAAAAAUCCAGAGUUAUGUAACCUAAACCUUCUCAGGCUUAUAAUUACUUUUUUCAAGUACAGUAUUGUGGUUUAGCGAUUCAUAUUUCUUUUCUAAAAUUCUGCAUUUUGGUUUACCUGUUCCCUACUUCAUACUUUUUGGUAGUGCAAACACAGGUACAUACAGGUAAUCUUUGUCCAUUCCCCAGGAAGUUAUAUACACUAAGUUGGCAAUUGACAGAAUGUAAAUGUCUUCAGCAAAUAUUUUGAGCAUCAAUAUAGUUGGGGCAGUUCUUUUAUAUAUAUGCCAUCUUGUUCUGAAUUUGGGAUAUAACAUACUAUACAGGCUUUCCUCAUACAACACUGUUUCAUUAUAAUUCUCAUUAUUUUCGUAUAAAUUUACAAAUUAUAUUUAUAAAACAGUUGAAAAGUUCUUGGUGAGACCAUGUGACAUAUAUCGCUCUUGUCCCAUCUGGAAAGCAAAUGCUGAGUGAGUUAGAGAAGCAUAUGCUGAUUAUUACAUCACCAAUUAGCAUCCUGCCCUGCUAGAUUUGAAUACUUCCUGCAGACAUGCUUUUUAACUUACUAUUUACCUAAAAUGUUCGGGAAUGGGCCUACGAGUAAUAUUGUUGGUAAUUUUGCCACCCAGUCAAGGUUAAAGCAUCAACAUGGAUGUAAAAAUGCUGGUCAUAAGACAUGUGGGGCAGUACGUACAGUAGUCGUAAUAGCUUUGGUCUUGCUAUGUCAAUCAUCUGAACCAUUCUCAAGGAUGUAAACAAAUCAAGAAGCAGUAAGGUGGAGAGCCAGUUGUGAUGUUUGUAGGAGCAUGUUAGGAUUGAUGUCCAGCAUUUGUUUUGGCCCAUGAGUACUUUUGUCAAUAGUACUGUACAAUACUGUACUUUUUUAUGUCUACUGUAGUGUCAUUAUGAAUGAUUUUUUUUUUUUUUUUAUACAUUUCUUUGGUCAACAGUAUCAUUAAGAGUGCUAUUACUGAUGCUAGAGAAACCCCCAUAAUGUACAGUUCAGUACAGUAUAUCACUCGUGGGUAAGAAAUAGUGUUGUCGUCAACACGUCUCUGUUAGAACAACGUGAUGCUAAUUGAGCUGUUUUAUAUCACCCCCUUUUACCAUGCAGUCUAGUGAUAAGAGGUCCGCCUGUACAGUACAUGAUGGUGAUUGUAUAAGUCAACCCUUCUUCUGGUAAACUCUUCAUUAUAUCCUCUGACUUAGCAUACUCCGCAAAACUGUCACAGAUUUUAUGAAGGUAAGAAACCCUAGCUUACUUCACCCAAUGAUUAAACUCCCCAUUGAUAACUUGUUCUAAGCUAACUCCCAUCCUUUAGCAUUAGCUGGGGUUCCUAAUCAUGAUGAGAUCCACUGCCACCUGAAUUAUGCUAUAUUAUUUUUUGGCUUAUCCAUUUAAUCCGAUAAUCUUUCUGAUUUAUCUGUUUACAGCAUAAAUAAUUCUCAUAAUUGUUACCUCAUAAAGUAAUUCUUUUUAUCAAAUAAAUUUUCUAGACCAGAUAUAAAUCAUUGCAGAAUCAACAAAAACUAGUUAUGUCCUCAGGAUUAUCCUCUGAUGAUUCCAUUGUGUUUUUGUAGAUAUAAACAUUGUUCUUUUCCUCUUUGCUCUGCUGCAAUUUAAUCUUAUUGAAGAUAAAAGAUUGUAGAAGUGUUGUGUGUCAUGAUGUGCUUUAUUUGCUUGGUCACAUGACUAUUAUUUUUAUCCUUUGAAGUUAAAGGCAUUAUAAGUUUGCUGAUGAACUGUAAUUCACAUGUAGUGUUUUUGUACUAAUUAAUUAUAUUUUCUUGUACAUUUGUAACCAAUAAGCUGUAUGAAUACAGUAUAUGUCAAUACAAACUUAUCAGUGUCCAGAUAUUUAUAGUCUGUCAUCAUGUGUGUGGAUAAUAAAAUUCAAAACGGCUGAUCUAGUCACAGUACAUUUUUCAACUGUUUGUGUUCAAAUUUUCAUCUACAGUAGUGUGCCACACUAUUCUUUAUUUAUAUGUUAUAUUUAAUGAUAGAAUUCUCUCACCAUUUCCAUGUUUUAAUUUCAGUAUACAGUAUUAUAAUUGUAUUAAAUAAGACUAUUUGUAAGGUUGGAGCUUUACCAUUUAUUAAAGUACAGUAAAGUGAACCAUUUAUAAAAUAAACUUUGAAUCUAGUUAAGAAAGAUAUCAAACUUAAAAUCUUUUGUCAAAAUUAAAUGAAAAUCUCCAGCCAGCAUUAAGUUUCUGUUCAUAACACAAAGACAGCACUCUUUCCACCAACAUGUGGUGUCGCUGGUGUCUUGUAACUGAACUACAGGUCAACCGUGUCUUGAAUGAGCUGAACUGCUGCUGUGAACUAUAUGUCUUGUGUACCUGUGUUAAAUAUAAAACAUUAAAACUUAUAUAAAAUUGUGACAAAUGC